UCUUAUCGAUCAUGACAAUAUAUUAAGAUUGCACUCUUCCCCUUAAUAUCGAUAACAGGAGACGAUCUAUUUACUUGUAAAUGUUAAAUCACCCGCACUCUCAUAACGGAACGUUAUAGUUUGUAAAGUGAAUUAGCGCGAUUUUGUCAAGCGUUAUUCCUUCUCGUUAGCACAGUUGCACUGGAUAUAUUUUGUCUGCGAACGUGUCGAAGUCGUCGCGAAAUAGCACUUUUAAUGCCCCAUUCAUCUUCAACUAUCAGCGAGUAUGUUACGUAUUUUAACUUUGGUUCUCUUUCUACGCCUAUUUUCCGCUACAGUGUCGUCGGAAACAAUGUCAUACGCAAGAGUAUCGAAAAACGGACAGCAAGUGGAAAACUCUUACAAUUCUUACGCGUGGAUCAACAGGUUAUCAGGGAGAAAUAAUAUGAGUGUGGAGAAUGAAAAUAGAAGUAUAAAUGACAUUGUUAUCACGGUAUCACCAGUGUAUGUCUCACCCAAAACUCCCAGACUGAAGAAAGGCGAAUCGGUCGAUCAUUCAAUGCCGAUUAUCGUCCCGAAAUAUUCAACGCUGGAUCACGAAAUGAUUACCAAACUGGACACUGCAAGCAAAAAACAAAUUCAACAACGAUUUCAUCCACCCGCAAUUUUCGAGCACAGCGUUGCGCACGAAAGGCCGCAAAAAGGAGCGAGUGUAUUAAAUAUGGAAAAUUCCCCGAGCAUGAAUUCAUCCACUUAUCCCGGUCCAAUAUUCUCCGGCAUGUAUGAAUACAAUCCGUCAGACUUUAUCGAUGACGAGCCACCGGCCAGUGUAAUUACCAAAUAUUCACCUAUGCCUACGGAUACACGCGAUAAGAUUCCGGAUACCUAUAAACCAUCACCGAACAAGUACCACGAUAGCGAUGAACACGAAGCGAACUAUCCCAAUUUUGAUUUCGCUUCUUCGUACGGGAAUGACGGACGUGAACCGAAACCCAUCAGAUACUCUAAUCAUGAUCAUUCGCCGCCAUCCGAAGAGAUUCCAUACGAUCAUCACGAUCUGCAUCACGAUAUAGUCUACGAUCACAUACCCGAAUAUUAUGUGCAUCAUCCGAAAACCACGACGGAGGAGCCGGAAAUGAACGACCAACGACUCGACAAGAGGCCCUACUCGUAUUAUUUCAUAGGAAAGAAGCUGUGGUACAUACCGCUGUAUUUCAGUAUCUACUUCGUCAUAUACAUAGCAGCGCUUGUGUUGAAAAGUAUCGCCAGGCACAAGAUCAACUUUCCGGCUCAUCUAGCGGAAGCUGCGGCUCAACAAAAAAGAAGCGAGCCGAGCGAAGGAUGGCGGAACUUUGCCGGGAGAAUACUCGAAGGAGCGGAACGAUUUUCCAAAAUAUACAAUAAAGGAUCUCCAAUAAACAUUCGAUAAACUGAUGCUGAAAAAAUUCAAAGGAAACAUGUAAAUAACUAUCCUCCUGUCCUCAAAUUCAAACAUUGGAGUAUUUUUAAGUAGAAAAAUAGAACCAAUUAAAUACAAAAAUUAAUUAAGGCGUGAAACAUUGUUAAGGCAAUGUUUUUUAUUGCAAUGUUUAUUAUUUUUAUGAUAUAAAUGUGUAACGUAUAACUAAUCAAAAUAUCA